ACAGCGGAUAAAGGGAUGUGGGGGCGACGCACCGAGAUGAGGCUUACCAGCGCAAUAAGCCGCCCCACCCACAUCCCAAUAACAAAAACUGACUCCCAUUUCCCAUCUUUCUUCCUCCCCUCUCCAUUUUCUUUUUAUAAUAAAAUCCCUUUCUCUUUCUAGAAUGGAAGAUUCUUUCUCUCUCUAGAUUCUAUUUUCUCUUCUUUGUUCCCCUCCACUCCUACUCUCGAUUUUGAUCGAUUCUCAUACUUAUAAUUGAAUCAUACCUCAAUUCAAAACCCUAGCUGCACUUGCUUUCGUUGCAGCAAAUUUUUACAGGUGGUGGCAAUGUCAACUCCUGCGAGAAAGAGAUUGAUGAGAGAUUUUAAGAGGUUGCAACAAGAUCCACCUGCAGGGAUAAGUGGAGCACCCCAAGACAACAACAUAAUGCUUUGGAAUGCUGUGAUUUUUGGCCCUGAUGACACUCCUUGGGAUGGAGGCACAUUCAAGUUGACUUUACAGUUUACUGAGGAUUAUCCAAACAAACCGCCAACAGUGAGAUUUGUUUCUCGAAUGUUCCAUCCAAAUAUUUACGCAGAUGGAAGUAUCUGUUUGGAUAUUCUACAAAAUCAGUGGAGUCCCAUAUAUGAUGUGGCUGCUAUACUUACAUCUAUACAGUCCUUGCUCUGUGACCCCAACCCCAAUUCUCCUGCAAAUUCAGAAGCAGCUCGGAUGUUUAGUGAAAACAAGCGUGAGUACAAUCGGAGAGUUAGGGAAAUUGUGGAGCAGAGCUGGACGGCAGACUAAUCUUGGUGCUAAGGCAGGCUAGUCCAAGUCUGAAGUUUGGAGGCAUGUGAUAAAUAGCAUGUCCGUUAAGAAUCAUCCUGUGAUAUUAUCAACUUUUAUCCUGUACCCUUGGCUGCCCUCCCAAUUAUUGAAUUUUAGGUUUACUUUGUCUUUGCUUUAAUGCUGACCUUUCCCAUUGUCUUUAGGCUUCAUGUAAAAUAGAAAUUUGUGUAUCAUUUUGCAUUGAAUUGUUAUGAAAUCUUGGUGCUUCAAUAUAAAAAUUUGUAGACUGGUUUGAUUGCAA